AUGUAUGAACCUGAAGAGGAAUCAUUGAAUCCUCCGGGUGAGGAUGUUGCUCUUCCCCCAGCCCUUGAACAAGCAUUAAAUUACAAAGAAGAAAGAGCAAAAGAAGUGGGUGUUGUUGAUGAAAUAACUGAAGUAGUAUCUAAUGAAGCUUUCAACAUUGUUAACACUAUUAAUGAAGCAGAAUAUGAUGAGGAAGAAGAUGAAAAUGAUGAAGAAGAAGAAGAAGAAGAACAACAACAACAACAACAACAAGAACAAGUAGUAGUAAAAUUGUCUACAAAAGACCGUAAAGUAGCUAAAAGAAGAAAAAAAAAGUAUAAUAAAAAAAAGAAAAAACAAUUAAAAAACGAGCAAAAACAAAAACAAACAUUAUCAUCUUCUGAAAAAGAAAACAAAUCUGAAAAGUUAGAUAUUGAAGUUGAAUAUAUACAAGAAACAUUAAGUGUGUUUAAUCUUGUACCUAUGUACAGACAAUAUGCUAAAGUUUUUGAGAAUUUCAAAAUUCCUGAACCAGAACAGGUACAAGCAGAUCAAGUUGGUGGUCAAGAAGCUACUUUACCCAGCAUAGACUUGAAAAAAGUACCAAAGCUUCCUGAACACGAAGACGAUGAAGAUGGUAAAGAUAAAGAUGAUGAAAAUCAGACAAAAGGGCCUGACAAGUUGUCGAGAAGACAAUUUAAAAAAGUUACUCGUUUAAGUGUGGCAGAACUUAAACAACUUGUUUCUAGACCUGAUGUUGUAGAAAUGCACGAUGUAACAGCUAGAGAUCCUCAUCUUUUAAUACAGUUGAAAGCACAUCGUAAUACAGUGCCAGUACCUCGGCAUUGGUGCUUUAAGCGUAAAUACUUGCAAGGUAAACGAGGUAUUGAAAAACCACCAUUUGAUUUGCCUGAUUUUAUUAAGCGUACUGGUAUCAUGGAAAUGAGAGCUGCCCAUCAAGAAAAAGAAGAUGAAAAAUCCCUAAAAAAUAAAAUGAGGGAAAGAGUUAGACCUAAAAUGGGAAAAAUAGAUAUUGAUUACAAAAAAUUACAUGAUGCAUUCUUUAAAUUACAAACGAAACCAAGAUUAUCACUUCACGGUGACUUGUACUAUGAAGGUAAAGAAUAUGAAACUAAACUCAGAGAAAAAAAACCAGGUGACUUAAGUGCUGAAUUACGUACUGCAUUAGGUAUGCCAGUUGGUCAUAAUGCUCACAAAGUCCCUCCACCAUGGCUCAUUGCUAUGCAGCGUUAUGGUCCUCCUCCUUCUUAUCCAGCCCUUAAAAUUCCUGGUCUUAAUGCGCCCAUCCCUGAAGGUUGUUCAUUUGGUUACCAUGCGGGUGGUUGGGGUAAGCCUCCUGUUGAUGAACGCGGUCGACCUCUUUAUGGAAAUGUAUUUGGUACUCCAUCCGAUUAUGAUGAAUCCCAUGUUGCUGAAGAGCAAAUUGAUAAAUCUAUGUGGGGAGAACCUGACUCUGAAUCUGAUGCAGAUGAAAGUGAAGAAGAAGAAGAGGAAGAAGAAGUUAAGGAAAAUGAAGAAGUGGCUAUUGACGCUAGUGGUAUUGCUACACCAGUUGCCGAAGGUUUAGCGACACCGUCGGGCAUUAUGUCUGGACUACCUAGUGGUUAUGAAACACCUGAAUAUAUUGAACUGAGAAAGCGAAAGAUUGAAUCUGAAAUGGAAAGCAGUGAGCAACAGCCACUGUAUCAUGUUUUACCAGAAAAGAAGGUAGAAACUGUGCGUGGAUCUAUGAUGGCAUCCACACAUAUGUAUGAUAUACCAACUGCAGUAGCAAAUAAACCAGGUGAAGUUGAAGUCAGUUUAGAUCCAUCCGAAUUAGAAUUAGCUGGUGAUGUUGAAGCUAUGGCGGCUAGGUAUGAGCAAAGGAUGAAGGAUCAACAGGGCGGGGAAGAUGAUGGCAUAGACUCUGAAAAGAAGAAAGGUCAAAAACGAAAAGCUGCUCAAGAAGCAAAAACAAGCAAAAAAUAUAAGGACUUCAAAUUUUAA